CGCAAAUUGAAAAACAUAGGAAAAAACCAAAUGCAAUGGGUUGUCAACCAGGCUAUUAUGGCAAAUUUUGCAACACUACCUGUCCUUCAGGAUAUUAUGGUCUUAAAUGUGGCAGCAAAUGUAUUACAGAAUGUUUAGACUGUCAUCAUGUCAAUGGCUGCUUAAGUGACUUCGAAAAAACAACAGAAUCAAAGAGUUCAGUGCUUGAAUACAGAGACAUAUCCACUGUUUCUCAAAAUUAUAUUCAGGGAACUAGUGUCAGCUUGAAGUAUAUUUUCUUUGGUGUAGGCACUGCGAUUGCCAUUGUGCUACUCAUAGUCAUCAUAAACGUGAUCAGAAAGUCAACAUCUGCACAAAAAGGAAAAGACCAGGGGCCGAAAGAUAAUGAUAAUAAGACAACUGAUGUUACAGUUUACUAUGCACAAUGCAAAAACAAUUCAUUCUGUGAAAAUGAACUAUACUUGAGUAAAAGAAGCGGUGACUGCAAAACGUUUGAUGCCCUACACUGUAAAGAAUCACAUAACCAACCUGUUUCUUCUUCAUCUAGCAAUAAACCAAGACACAAUGAUAUGAUAUUACAAAGAAGCUACUCAUUAGUAAAAUUAUCUCUGGAUGUUUAAUAUUAACUCAGCUUUUUUGUUUUAUUUUGCUUUGUUUAUGUUUUUUGUU